AUGGCUGAAUCUUCAGUGCAACACGACGCAGCGAAGCAUUUGUUCUACAUCGGGAAAAGGGCGAGCCCAGUAGCAUAUUUAGAAUACCGCCUGCUCGCUGGUCACAGCAGAGUCAUGGAUCUCACACACACUUUCACUGCUCCAGCUGGUAGAGGGAAG